AGUUUGGAUUGAACCAUGUUUCACUGUUUUAAAUGUGAAAAACUUGCAUCUUGUAUUUUCUUAAUUGGUCCUGUGUUUUAUUUGGUGCAGUCGGGUGCAGCUCACAGUUCGGGGAAUGGAACCACGUCUACUUCAUCCACAACCCGUCCAAAUGAAGAAUCUGCAGCUGGUGUUGUAGUCAAAACUGAACCCGUUGAAGAGCCUACAAGUGCUGAUACCACAUCAAGUACCAGUGGGACAAAUAGCAGCACAUCUAGCCCUGCUCCUGCUCCAACUUCUGCUCCUACUCUUCUUCCUCCUUCUCUUCCUCCUCCUUCACUUCCUCCUCCUUCACUUCCUCCUGCUCCUGCACUUGUACCUACACCUCCUGCAAAGGAUAGCAAGAGCAGUUCUUCAGCACUUCACUGGCUGGCAGAUCUGGCCACACAAAAGGAGCCCAAAGAGUCUCUGCGCUCCAUGAUGGGUCGUGACUCUCGUUCUCCAUUUGGCCUGGACUCGUUCAGCACACUUUCCAAACCAUCAGGGUCCAGUCCUAAGCUGUUCAACAGUCUGCUGCUGGGUGCAGGCCCUUCACAACCCAAAGCAGAGGGAACCAGCCUCCGAGAUCUGCUGAACUCUGGCUCUGGCAAACUCCCGCAAGGGCCCACAGAGGGAGGUGUCCCAUUUCCUCCAGUGUUCUCCACUGCUAGUCAGGCUGAUAAAAUGAAGGGAGGUCUUCCUAACUUCCUGGAUCAUAUCAUUGCAUCAGUAGUGGAGACUAAGAAGUCAGAGGUUCGUCGUGCAUCAGGUUCAGCAGAAGUCAUCGAGUCUGCCACUGCUCCUCGCAGAGAGGGGGUGAUGGGGCUGAGUGUCCUGGAUCCACACACUUCACACUCUUGGCUUUGUGACGGCCGUUUGCUCUGCCUGCAGGACCCCAGUAACCCCAACAACUGGAAGAUCUUCAGAGAGUGCUGGAAACAAGGACAGCCUGUGCUGGUCUCAGGCAUACACAGGAAGCUGAAGGAACACUUAUGGAGGCCUGAGGCCUUCAGCGAGGAGUUUGGAGACCAGGACGUGGACCUGGUCAACUGUAGGAACUGCGCCAUCAUCUCUGAUGUUAAAGUCAGGGAAUUUUGGGAUGGCUUCCAGGUCAUUUCCAAGCGAUUGCAAGGUAGUGAUGGCCAGCCUAUGGUACUAAAACUUAAAGACUGGCCUCCUGGAGAAGAUUUUCGAGAUAUGAUGCCCACUCGGUUUAAUGAUCUCAUGGACAAUCUUCCUUUGCCCGAGUACACAAAGAGAGAUGGCCGUCUCAACCUGGCCUCUCGUCUUCCAAACUUCUUUGUUCGGCCAGAUCUGGGCCCUAAAAUGUACAAUGCGUAUGGUCUGAUCUCCACAGAAGACAGGAAGGUCGGCACCACUAACUUGCAUUUGGAUGUGUCUGAUGCCGUCAACGUUAUGGUGUAUGUGGGCAUCCCAGAAGGAGAGAAUGACCAAGAAAGUGAAGCAGACCUCGCUGGAUUCAAAGAGGUGAUGCAGACUAUUGAAGAGGGUGAUGUAGAUGACAUGACGAAAAGAAGAGUCUACGAGAUCAAGGAGAAACCUGGGGCUCUCUGGCACAUCUAUGCUGCCAAAGACGCUGAGAAGAUCCGAGAGCUCUUACGAAAGGUUGGAGAGGAACAAGGUCAAGAGAACCCACCAGACCAUGAUCCUAUCCAUGACCAGAGCUGGUACCUGGACCAGACGUUGCGUCGCAGGCUGUAUGAGGAGUAUGGAGUCCAGGGAUGGUCCAUUGUGCAGUUUUUGGGAGAUGCAGUGUUCAUCCCAGCUGGAGCACCACAUCAGGUGCACAACCUGUACAGCUGUAUCAAAGCUGCAGAAGAUUUUGUUUCUCCAGAGCAUGUGAAGCACUGUUUUAGACUGACGCAAGAGUUUCGCCACCUUUCCAACACUCACACAAACCACGAGGACAAGCUACAGGUGAAGAACAUCAUCUACCAUGCUGUGAAGGAUGCUGUGGCAACACUAAAAGCCCAUGAGCCCAAAUUAGGCCGUUCUUAGUUGGACGCCACAAUGAGAUUUCGGGGUUCGGAUGAGGCCAUUGUGCAAAACAAGUUGUUUAUAAUGGAAAGUCUCUCAAAGUUUUGGUAGGAUGAAGGUGCUGCUUCAUCAGUGUUACAAAAGCAUCUUUUAGUUUUACAAUCCUCCUCUCUGCAUUUUUAAAAGUCUGUUCUUUUCUCAGCAUUUGUUGGACUGUUCAAAGAGCCGGUUAUAUAGCUGACGUGAAUCUUUUAAAAGGCCUUCAAACAAGGUUUCAUUACCAACGUCUGUGAAAAGUGAGCACUGGGUUUCCUUCUUAGAAAACAUUGCUUUGUGCUCUUCAAUGAAGGAGAGCUUUUAGUUCAGAUGUGGGCUCAACAGAAAUUUAGUUCAUUGAUAGAUUCCCAACACCUUUUCAAGGAAAGGUGGACAAGAGCAUGGAAGGGAACUAGACCAAAGUUUUUUUUUUUGUUUAAUUUUAUUUAGUUUUUUUGGUAAAAACACGUCUUUUGCUUUUUUUGUAAUAUGAACUUUAGGUAAUAUUUCACUGACAACAAGCGUUAGAUUGGCUUUGAUGAAUGGUAUUUCAUGAAUCAACAGUUCCAGUUCUGCAGAACUACUGGUCAUUAAUGUGUAUCAGUAUAUAUAUUGAUCUUAGCAGUGUGCAUGAUUUUUUUCCCUCCAAAAUAAAGGUUUACAAGAAAAGAUUUGGCCCUGUUGUUUGAAAUGACAAUGAAUUUCUUAGCUAUCUAUUUGUUUAAUGCUUACUGUUUUAUUUUAUAAGACAUUUUGUGGUUCAUGGAUGACACUGCAAUAAACUAAGGCUUUUGAAAUAUU